UGUAAGAGUUGAACUGUAUUCUCAUCUGCCAUGCCUUUGACAGCUCUCUAGCAAAAGGGUGCGGGAAAUCUGGAGAUGAAGAUGCAGCCUUUCCUCUUGGUCUUGUUCGUUUGUGUGUUCUGGCAGCAUGGCAGCACCUCCUCCAUGCCAGCUGAAUGCCAAGACACAGCUGUGGUAAAGGCAGCAGAGGAGACCUUAGAGCAGAUAAAUGCAGACAGACAGGAAGGGUAUAUCUUUACACUGAACCGACUUUAUGAUGUCAAACAAGACAUAAAGGCAGAAGGCGUGAGCCAUUUACACCUGUCUAUAGAUGUUCUGGAAACACAAUGUCAUGUGAUCAGCAGGAGAAAAUGGAAAUCCUGUGCUAUUAAGGGGAUUGGUAAUCUACCGGUGUUCGGAACAUGUGAUGCAUCUGUUUCCCUUCAGAGCACCAUCAAAGUUCAGAAUUACAACUGCACCAUCCAACAAGUGGCAGCUCGAGCUAUAAUAAACACUUGCCCUGACUGUCCAACUGCAGAACGGUUAGAUGAUCCAGUUAUAUCUGAGACCACAAAGCUGGCACUGCAGAAAUUUAACAAAGAGAAUGCUUUCCCCAAUUUCUUUGCUCUUCUGAAUAUAACAGCAGCCAGCAUGCAGUGGGUUGUGGGUCCGUCUUACUUUGUGGAGUUCACCAUUCAAGAGACCGACUGCAAGAAAAACACUACCGAUACUGACUUCACGCAAUGCAUACUGAAGGAUUCAGAGUCAGCUCACAAGGGGUUUUGCACUGGUUCACACACCACUGCUGAUGACGGACUGGAGAUCAAAGUUCCUGUAGAGGUCAAAUGUGAAAUCUUUCAGCCAAUGGUUGUUCAUCAGACCUCCAGACCUUUUGGAUCAAUAUAUGUUCUCUCUCCUCCACCCGUCCAAACUACCACCAGGGUCCCACCCUUGGCCAGCAACUGCCCAGGGGAGAGACGACACAGCCUUGGAUUGAAAGAGCUGAAUCUCUGAUAGAAAUAAUCUCUUGAAGAUGGGCCAUCCAAUCUAAACAAGCACUGUGGAUGUUCACAUUUGUCAUGUGCCUUGUGUUGUCAUUUUCAGAUUUAGAUUUUUCCAAUAUUACAGUUUUUUUUCCUAUGCACAGUAGCGUAAUAUCGAUAAAGAUAUGCCCAAAACAACCACAGUAAUAUGACAUUAAAGAAUGUCAUGAAAGAGCCAGAGUCAUAAUUGAUCCAAAAAUUCUAGACAAGGAAGACAGAAAGUAUAUUUCUCUUAAAUAAAUGAAUCCUGUUUUUGGACUAUAGUACUUGCAUUGUACAUUAAAAAACACAGUAUGUGAAUGGCUGACAACAUGAACAUAUAUUACUUCAUACUGUGCUAGUUGACAAUAUCUAUAAAAUUAUAAUUUGGCCGAUACAAUAAUAAACAAUGAAUGCAACCA